AAAGAUUUGAUCACCAGGCAGGAGAUUUUUCGGAACAUUACCAAACCACUCAUUUUCGUGGCUGCCUCUGGGUGAUGAUGGCCGCAUGAGCACCCGCCAUGGCCCACCGGAAGCGUGAGAGCGCGGGGAGCGGCAUGUUGGACCAUAGGGUGAGACCGGGUCCUGUCCCCCACAGCCAGGAGCCCGAGAGCGAGGAUAUGGAGCUGCCCUUGGAGGGCUAUGUGCCCGAGGGCCUGGAGCUGGCUGCCCUGCGGCCAGAGAGCCCCACGCCCGAGGAACAGGAGUGCCACAACCAUAGCCCUGAUGGGGACUCCAGUUCCGACUAUGUGAACAACACCUCCGAGGAGGAGGACUAUGACGAGGGCCUCCCUGAGGAGGAGGAGGGCAUCACCUACUACAUCCGCUACUGCCCCGAGGACGACAGCUACCUGGAGGGCAUGGACUGCAAUGGGGAGGAGUACCUGGCUCACGGCGCGCACCCCGUGGACACGGACGAGUGCCAGGAGGCGGUGGAGGAGUGGACGGACUCCACGGGCCCACACCCCCACGGCCACGAGGCUGAAGGCAGCCAGGACUACCCGGAUGGCCAACUGCCUAUCCCGGAGGAUGAGCCCUCUGUCCUUGAGGCCCACGACCAGGAAGAAGACGGUCACUACUGUCCCAGCAAAGAGGGCUACCAGGACUACUACCCCGAGGAGGCCAACGGGAACACGAGCGCCUCCCCCUACCGCCUGAGGCGCGGGGAUGGGGACUUGGAGGACCAGGAGGAGGACAUCGACCAGAUCGUGGCAGAGAUCAAGAUGAGUCUGAGCAUGACCAGCAUCACCAGUGCCAGUGAGGCCAGUCCCGAGCAUGGGCCUGAGCUGGGGCCUGGGGACUCUGCAGAGGCGUGCCCACCCAUCAAGGCCAGCUGCAGCCCCAGCAGGCACGAGGCGAGGCCCAAGUCACUGAACCUCCCUCCCGAGGCCAAGCACCCCGGAGACCCCCAGAGAGGCUUCAAGCCCAAGACCAGGACCCCAGAAGAGAGGCCGAAGUGGCUCCCUGAGCAGGUUUGCAAUGGUCUGGAGCAGCCAAGGAAGCAGCAGCGCUCUGAUCUCAAUGGACCUGUUGACAAUAACAACAUUCCAGAGACAAAGAAGGUGGCAUCAUUUCCAAGUUUUGUGGCUGUUCCAGGGCCCUGUGAACCAGAAGACCUCAUCGAUGGGAUCAUCUUUGCUGCCAAUUACCUGGGGUCCACCCAGCUGCUGUCAGAACGGAACCCUUCCAAAAACAUCAGAAUGAUGCAAGCGCAGGAGGCCGUCAGCCGGGUCAAGAAUUCUGAGGGGGACGCCCAGACACUGACGGAAGUGGACCUCUUCAUUUCCACCCAGAGGAUCAAGGUUUUAAAUGCAGACACGCAGGAAACCAUGAUGGACCACGCCUUGCGUACCAUCUCCUACAUCGCCGACAUUGGGAACAUCGUGGUGCUGAUGGCCAGACGCCGCAUGCCCCGGUCAGCCUCUCAGGACUGCAUCGAGACCACACCCGGGGCCCAGGAAGGCAAGAAGCAGUAUAAGAUGAUCUGCCAUGUGUUCGAAUCAGAGGAUGCCCAGCUCAUCGCCCAGUCCAUCGGCCAGGCCUUCAGCGUGGCCUACCAGGAGUUCCUGCGAGCCAAUGGCAUCAACCCCGAAGACCUGAGCCAGAAGGAGUACAGCGAUAUCAUCAACACCCAGGAGAUGUACAACGACGAUCUCAUCCACUUCUCCAACUCAGAGAACUGCAAGGAGCUGCAGCUGGAGAAGCACAAGGGUGAGAUCCUGGGCGUGGUGGUGGUGGAGUCAGGCUGGGGCUCCAUCCUGCCCACGGUGAUCCUGGCCAACAUGAUGAAUGGCGGCCCGGCCGCCCGCUCAGGGAAGCUGAGCAUCGGGGACCAGAUCAUGUCCAUCAAUGGCACCAGCCUGGUGGGGCUGCCGCUCGCUACCUGCCAAGGCAUCAUCAAGGGCCUGAAGAACCAGACACAGGUGAAGCUCAACAUCGUCAGCUGUCCCCCGGUCACCACGGUCCUCAUCAAGCGGCCAGACCUCAAGUACCAGCUGGGCUUCAGCGUGCAGAAUGGCAUUAUUUGCAGCCUCAUGAGAGGGGGCAUUGCCGAGCGAGGGGGCGUCCGCGUUGGCCACCGCAUCAUCGAGAUCAACGGGCAGAGCGUGGUGGCCACAGCCCACGAGAAGAUAGUCCAAGCUCUGUCCAACUCGGUCGGAGAGAUCCACAUGAAGACCAUGCCCGCUGCCAUGUUCAGGCUCCUCACGGGCCAGGAGACCCCGCUGUACAUCUAGGCCCCUCCAGCCUGGCCACACAGCCUGGACACCGGGCAGGGCCAUCCGGGCCCGGAGGAGCUGGGAGCCGGGCCGCAGAUUUGACCCCGACGCCACAGCCCAGCCACGGACACUGGCUCCGCAAAGGGCGUGCCCUCACCGCCCACUUGGUUUGUUUUCAUUUUGCCAAAAAGGGGUAUGUCUUUAUCAAAGGAGAGUCACAGAACAAAUGUUUGUAAAGCGUUCGAGUAUUUUGCCAUGUUCUGGACUGUCUUCUCCCUGCACCAGCCAGGGUGUGUCUCGGUAGCUGUGCGUGGUGUGACCAGCCAGGGUGUCUCGGUAGCUGUGCGUGGUGUGGAGUGUGUGUCUUUCCUCUCUGAAGCUGUGUAGAGUGAACUGGCGCCUCCAAGGGAGGCGGCUCCCAGGGCAGGGCAGCCAUCACCCCUGCCUCCCGCCCCCUUGGCCGGGAUGUCUGGGGUCCUGUGGGGCCCCCGCAGUGGUCCCAAACAGCUGCCUCUGCCACUGACUGCAGGGACACAGGCCGCCCAGCUCCCAGGACAUGACUUGUAAUGCAAGUUUGGGGACAUGUGAUUGAUUGUAAAUAAAGGAUGAUGGCCACAACACGAAAACUCCCUAUUUAUUUAGAUACUAUUACUGUUUGGACUUUUAUUUUGGCAGGCUGUUUUUCAGACUCGAGGGUUUUCCAGUGUGACCCAUGACCACACCUGCCUCUCCUGUAGUCUCUUCUGGGCACCCUCCCACCCGGCUGCAUCCCCGGGCAGGGCUCCCACAGAGACGAGGAGGGCGCAGGCAUCCGCCCCCUCUUUAAAGUCGAUGUACACACACUCAUCCACGCACAUGCUCCUUCGAGGAAACAAAACCUAUGCUAGAAAACGCGACCUCGGCCACACCUAAGGCAGCCAGCUGUGAGUGCAGACCCCUCGGCCAGCGUGGCACGGCAGCCCUGAGCAGUAGUGGUGUGUGUGUAGAUCAAGUCAGAUCUAGUCCAGCUCAGUUCAUUAGCGAUCCAUGUAAUCUGACGUCAUCUUGUCCCAAAGUCUCUUUUUUUGGCCCAGGCCUUGAAGAAUACACUGUGACUUAAGAAGCCUUACCACGCAGUAACUAAAGCUUUAGGAUGAUUGUAUUCGAGGAGUGCCGUGUGUUGCAUGCAGCUGCCCGUAGGAAGACUUUGCGCAUAUCACUAAUAAACCUGAAGUCGUGAUGAAAA